AUGAAGACGCUCCUCACGCCCCGCGAUCCCCGCUGGCACGGCCCGCAGCGCUGGUUCUUCGUACUAGAUCUACUGCGCAUCGUCGUGCUGACCGCGUUCACCAUCCUAGCCAUCACCGAGACGGUGUUGUUCCGCAAGUGGUACAACAGCUGGCACAGCACCGUGGAGUACGACUCAGACGAGACCGCCGCAGAUUUCUUCCUCCGCCUCGGCCUCGCCCUAAUCCCCGACAUCCUAAGCGUCCUCACCACCCACGCCCUCCUCUCCCGGACGCACUUCCACCCAGUCUACGCGCUCGUGCAGUCCCUGAUCGUAUGCUGUCUGUACGCCGUUGCGCUAAGCCUCAACACCAUCAUCGUCGUGUGCAACGAGUCCAGCAUCCCGCAGAUCGGCGCGUGGCGGCGGCUGUGCUAUGCGGAGAUGGCGCUGCAGGGGGUGUUGUGGGGGGUUUGGGUGGGGUUGGUGGGGUGUGCGUGUAAGGCGGUGGAUGCGUGGCGGGCUGGGAGGGUGGAGGAUAGGAUUGAGGAGAGGGUUGAGGAGAGGAUGAGGGCAGAGGGGGUGCUGCGGGGUGUUGGUGCGGGUGGCAAGGUUAGUGGGGAUGGUGAUGAGGAAAGGGGGGAGUGGGUGGAUGGGAGUGUUAAGAGCUCGAAGUAG